AUGGCCAUGCCCAUGUCGUCCGUCUUCACCGGCCCCGAGCGCCGCAAGAAGCUCGUGACGUACGGCCGGGGGGCACGCCCCAGCAACGCGCAGAUCUUCAACGACGACGCGCCGUCGCCGGAGCGGCCGCGCAAGCAGGUGGGCAGACUCGCGGGUGCGGACGCUUCUGUGUCGCAAAAGACGGGAGCAGGCCUCGGAGACAGGACUGGGGCGGUCGCUUCGCCGUACGACGAGUUCGAUGUGCCGGACGAGGACGAACCUGCGCCGAGGGUGGUGGUUAAAAAGACGAUGUUCAAAUCUACCCCCCGGGGAGAUGUGGAUGCAGAGGUCCCGGAAGAUGGCGUGCCCAGACCUCGAGUUGUUCCGGUCAAGAAGCUGGCGCAGAAGGCUCCACCAAAGGCCGUUGACGACCUCGAUGUCUUCGAUGUGCCUUCCUCGGGCGACGAGCGAGAAGCUAUGAACUAUGGCAAAGUCAGGAGAGCGCAGUCGCCAAGGAAAAACCUCAAUGCGAUGCGCCCCAAGUUACCUACGCACCAAGCAAAGACCACAAGGACCCAAGCACCACGGACACGAGCCAAAACUCCCGUCGCAAUUGCAAAGCCCACAUCGACGAUGGCAGCAAAAGCUGCGAAGCAAAACGCUGCGGCAAGCAAAGAAAAUGCACGAGCGACGAAAGCCAACCCGGCUCCAGCACCUUCAGUCACCGAAGCGGCGCCGACGCCACCGACUGAGCCGAAUUCGGAUUUUGCUGUUUUCGAUGUGCCUUCUUCCGACGAUGAUGUCCCGACACAGACACCCGGAUCCUCAAGACCUAUCACAGCAAGAGUGCCGCUCUCUCCAGAACCCUCGGCAGAGUCUGAUACGUCCAAUGCCUCUCGCAAGCGCACACGGCGUGCGGGAGUUGCACCGAUGAAGAGAGAAGCACAUCGCAAAAGAGAAGCAUCCAUACCCAUACAAAGGAAACGCGAGGCAUCUGCGGCCCCGCGGAGUAGGAAGCAACAGAAAACAGACGAAAAUAUGUCACCAGGCCAUAGUGCGAAUGAAGCUACGCAGCCGAAUCUGGUGGCGGUGGUCCACGAGGCUCCAACCAACAAGCCGAAGCGUACAAGGAUACGCACUGUUCCUGUGAUCUCAAAACCGACGAUAGCAAAGGCACAGUCAUCUCCUGUCAAGCUUCACAGUAUGCUCGCCAUGCGCUCAGCCACAAAACCGUCACCUGUGCGGGAAACCCCUGCAGUACCGGUGGUCGAAGACGAGACCAUGUACGACAUUCCCGACGAGGCCACACCGCGGGCACAAGGCAUGAGAUCUACUUUGCCAGGAUCUGUGACACCGCGGCAGCGGGACCUGUUCAGCAACUUGCUGGAGGACGAUACAGAUUUGACCACCCCGAUGCCUAGUAUCUCGAAGCUUCGAAUUACUGAGCGAACACCUGGAUCUGCAUUCGCUGCAUUGGCUCGAUCGUCGUCUGAUAUUCCUCAGUCUACACAUACACGGAAAGGGAGGCUGCUCGAUAUGCUGAAACGGGCUGCUCCGAGCGCGGAUGGAGAGAGUGGAAGUGAGGAGGAAUCCGACGCUGAUUCUACAGAAAUCCCUAUAGCGAUUGCUACGGACCGACCUAAGGUUGAUUAUGCUGCUGCCCAAAAAGUACAUGAUGCAAUGGAGAUUGAUCCGGACACCCAAGCCAGCUCACAAUCGUCUCGAGCUCCUCUUUCCCUUGGGGAAGGUACGCGGACGUACGCCCAACAAAGGUCCUACCUUGAAGAGACUAAUCCUGAAGACGGCCUGUUGAAUUGGGACGAUGAUAUCGAAGUGGACUUACCUACCAGACAAGGCUCGGUGACUGAAAGCGAAGAUGAUUCGCAGCAAGUGACAGGUCUUCCGGAGCUUCGGCGAAAGGGACAGCUUUACAAGUUCGAGGCAGAGACUCAGGCUAUCAUCGAGGACAUAUCCGGGAACACCAACACCAAUAUCUCGGCACGGCGCAGCGCAAUGAUGGAGUUCGCAACACAAUUGGCCGACGUGAGCUACGUCAAUCAGCUGCUGGAGUCGGCGAUGACUUCCUCAUUGCUUCGGGCUGUCUCUGCUACCGGGGACGUCAUCUUCGAUUUCGCAGCUGCUGGUGCGGUAGUUUUCAUAUUAAGAACAAAACCGAGCCACGCCGUCGUGGAGCAGAUUUACCAGGCAGGUGUUUUGUCGACCUUGCAGAAGCUCUUGGCGUCGCCCAUGUCUAGCUUGGAUAUACACCGCAUCUCGAAAGAUAGGAAGACAAACAUGUCUCGCAAUGCGCAAGAGUCCGUGGCAGAUUUCCGAGCACUCAUCCUGAAAUUGCUUGACUGGCCUGAAGCGGACGUGCCUAAGCUGUCGCCACAGCUGCUAGCUAUGAAGGUUCUGGAGGAGCUGGUUAUAGGACUUCGAAUUCCCGGUAACACAGACGCUAUUGUAGACGAUGGCAUGAUCGGCAGAGUGCUCGACGUAGCAUCCGGACCUGUACAACGUUUGCAGUCAGAAACAAUAUUCUCAGCACUAGAGUCACUCUCGAUAUCCAAAGACGGUCAAGCUACCUGGCCAGACGAGAUCGUCCAAAGACUGGCUGAUAUGAUGUCAGCCUUCUUCGACACAACGCGCCCCUCGCCCAAGCGGUUGGUCAUCCGACUUUGCAUGAAUCUGUCCAACAGCCGGCCCAAAGCCUGUCAGAUCUUUGCAGGCCAGACCUUCGUCACCCGACUUACUAGCUUCAUCGUCGGAUGCUUCAAAAUACUAGGUGAUAAGACGAGCCGGCAGCCGUUAGCACGCGUGCGGGACGACCUCAUCCUGGCACUGGGCGCUAUGAUGAAUCUUGCAGAGUUCAGUGACGAAGCCAGAGUCAACGUCGUUCACGACGGUGACGAGCUGAUGGGCGAGCUAGUGCGCAUCUUUCUCGAGGGCUCGGAACGCGCUGAUCGGGCCGAGUCCGAAGAAGAAUCGCACACGCUCGUGCCCGUCGGAUACCUCACCAUCAUGUUAGGCAAUCUGUGCCUCAACACCCGGGUGCGGCGCAAAGUCACCGCACUGCUCCCUGGCAACAACAUCGACCUGCUCGUGCGGCGGGUGAGGGAGUUUGUGGCACAUAAUCAGCGGCUGGAUCAGGUCUCAGGGGAGUUUGAGGGCGCGCAGGGGGCGCGGACGUUGAAGAAUUUUACGCUGAGGCUGAUGCGGGUUGUGGAGCGGUUGGAGGGGGUGGGGGUAUAG